GCUGAUCCGCACUGUCCUUCCCUGUCGUCGUGCCCGAUUCGUAAGAUAACUCAACCCUCACUUCGCCGGUCUGCUCCCUCGCUGUCCGCCUCCCCUCUACUUCGAUUUGCAUCUGUUGUCCUGUACCACGUUCUCGCCCACCGCACAUGCCGCUGCUGCUGCUUCCCUGCCCUCCUCGCGCCUUGCCUCCCAGCUCGACUCGACCCGGCCUCUCCUAGGACCAUGAAUUCGCUCUCGGUGCGAUGACUUCUCGUCCUGGCCCGGGGAUUCAAGAGUCUCUCCAGUAUCGCGGGAGUGGAGGUCCUGCACGGGCUCAAGUCUGGUGCCGGCCCUCGAAGCCAUCCAACAAUCCCCAGAAUGUCCCACUGCAAGACUGCAUCGAUCCCACCCUCGAGGAGCAGCGGCGGUCCGCGGAGGCAACACUAAGCAAGACUCGAGGCGUGGGACUCGCCAGGCCGAAGCCUGGAUUCCUCGAAGGUAUACAGACUGCGACCAGCGACCAGAACAGGCCUCCACCACGGGGGAAACCACAACUCUUCUUCAGCACCCUCGCAAGCAAUGGCCCGGAGCAACCCCUCUACUCACCCCGUGGACCGCCUGUGGGCGUGGGAACAAACCUGCCAGUCCCUCCAAGACCGGGCGCCUCCCUCCCCGGUGAUGGUUCGCAACUUCGACGCAUCGUACCCGGUGGGACCGGCGUUAAGGGUGAGGCGGCGGUCAAAGCCCCCGGCACCGAUGCUCCUGCGCCGGCGAUGCUGUUCCCAGGCGGAAAAACUGCUGACCUCUUCCCAUGGUCGGGUAAUCAUCCCGAGGAUACGCUGUCCGAGAGUUUGGUGAAGGCUGGUAUAAGCAACAAGCCGCAGAUCAUGAACGAGACAAAUACGGCCCGGCCGUCGCUGUGGUCAAACCUGAAGAACAAGUCUGGGCUCUCAACGCUGUCCACGCUAUUCGUUGCGGUCCUUGAGAAGCGGCAGUCUUGUGGUCGUCUCACUACAGCAAACACGUUUAAGCCGCCGCCACGGCUUACGCUCAGAGAAUCCACUCGAGAGACAUGGUUGCACGAUUUGGCGAAUCCUACCGUGAGUUUGCGAAGGCUAAGCCGCACCAUCCCACAUGGCAUCAAUGGCAAAGGGCUACUGGAACAAUGUCUCAACAAGAACAUUCCAAUUCCUCGAGCCAUGUGGCUAGCCAAGUGUGUUGGUAUCAACGAGAUGCGCUCACACAAACGCAAAGGCCAAGCCGGCACCAUAACUUGGGUUAGGGGCUGGACGAGUGCCGUGGAACAGUUUCUCGACAGCACAAUUGCAACUAUAGGCCAGCAGGAAUGGAAGCCGAGGAUAACAUAUGCACUGCAACUUGCGACCCACCUGUACAAAGAGCACCUGCUUGAAGUGGAUCAUUUUCUUGACUGGUUGCUCAAGAAUCUCGAGUCCUGCCCUGCCGAAAGGUUAUUUCUAUGGCUUCUUCUUGUUUCCGUAUAUUGGGGCGGCCUGACCUGCUGUCGCCGCAGAGGCAAACGCCUAGGAGAGUCAUUGCUCACGCAUGCGGAAAAGCAAUAUCAGCUCGAGCCAGACCAGGUCUCCCCUGUCCUUGAACUCCUCGAGAAUACGAUCGUCAAACUUCUUUCCACCAGCUCAGCCUGCUUGCUUCUCCCAAAGUCGUGGGAUAGGCAUGCCAUUAUUCUCCGCCGUCUUGUCGAAAAGCGUCCUUAUCCGCGGGUGAUUCACGUCAUAGAAAGUUUAGAUCGCAGGAACAGGCGGUUGGUUCGCUCGUCUAGCAAUACCGCUGCUAGCAUCCAUGACUCAACUCGACAAGUACUGUCCUUACUCGACUCUGUGGAUUAUAUUGGCGGCAUUAGCAUCGAAACACUUGCCUAUCAGUGUAUAGAACAGGUUCCAGACCCUCGGAAUCUCAUCUCCGUUGCCCUUCGAUGGGCAUCAUCAGUACACCGUGAAGGAUCUCAUAGACUCUACUUGGUCACUCGGGUCAUACGCAAAUGGAGCCAACUGGGAGCCGACAUUGACGACGCCAUCCUUUCUCACCUUCAUUCAGUGGCUUCGAGAAGAAAUGUUGACCCUCGCAACGUAUUUCGAAUCAUCGCCGAAUUAGUCCGCUCCAAGACAUUUUCCGUUGGAAGGUACCUGCAGUGGUUAAUUGCAACUGGCUCGCUAAGCAAGAAUUCUUCACCUGCGGCAUGGCCAUUACGACUCAUCUCGGAAAUCCCUCUCAGUGGUCUCUCUGAACAAAUACUCAACUUGCGGAGCACACUCCUACACGGCUCUGCUUACUCUACCGAACUAGAAGACCAGAUGAUUUGCAACGCCCAAUCCUGUAUCCAGCAGCGAAUUCCGGAUCUAUUCGAUACGGCAGAUUAUUUUGGUCCGUCAACAGAAGUCAACCUUACAAGUGUCAGCUCGACGGUCCGAUUAGAAUUAGGCAUAUGGUUACGGCAGCAAGUCGCUGCAAAUGUAGAGCUUGUUGAACGUGUGCCCACCAAGGACCCAUCCAUAGAGGAGCCUGGACCCGUUUGCACAAUCUCUGCCCAAGACUUUCAUGCCAUAAGGUCUUAUCUAGAAGACUUCGACGAUCUUUCUGUUCUUGCAGACGUUCUAGGGUUAGCUGCCACUUCCUUGGACACCAAUGUACUUACCUCCGUCGCGGACACUCUCCAUUUCCACUACAAGGCUUUCAGUGCCAUCGGAGCCUUUAAACCUCUGUUCCAAAAGAUUGCGAUGAGAUACGCUGCAAUUAGAACGGUUCGGUUCCCCGAGCGAGAAUUACUAGUUUCUCUUAUGGACGUUGCCCGUGCGGCGCGAGCGGACGAGCAACUUCUGCUGAUGCUCGGAUAUGAUCUCAGUCGAUCCGAGCAAAAGAAUUCACUAGCAGCUUGUUCUCCAGCCUCUGACAAUAUGGAUACUGCUAUGGAUACGGAUGAUGAGAUUGACCGUAUUCUCUCCAGUGGCACUAGCAUGGACCAGCAAGUCAUGAUGCGAGUCUUUGGCAAGAUGGCAUUUCGGCUAGAAGAACAGCUCAGCGCCGGCUCUGUUCAAUCCGAGAACCUAGGACCGUGGUUCUAUCGCCUGCGCAGCUUUGACGAAAAAGCUUUUGAGAAAAUUUUGUCCGAUUGGUUGAGUUCAUUGUUGAACAAGCACCGAGGAAAGUUGAUCCUUGUUGCCCUUCCCCCUUUGGUCGUGUCUGGCUGCCUGUCCUUGCUUCAAUUUCUCGAGAUUUCUAGGCGAUGCAUGAAUGGACGAAAAGCGAGCAGCGACGAGGGGAUUCUCAGAAUGAGUGUGGAAGUCUUGAAUGCGCUCCUACCAUCUGAACAGCUCAGUCGACUUUGUCAGCCACAGGAUGCCUACAGAUUUCGCCUGGAGCAGCGCAAGCUCUGUCAGGGUUCAGAUGGUCGCAUUCUCCAAGUCAUCCAUGAUACACUUGAAGCAUCCUCACGACAGCUCUCCCCGGCACUAGCUAACCAAAUCACCAACCUACUCUCAAGUAACCGUCUCCGUUCCGUCCUUCGACACUUUGCCGUGAGCGAUAUACAGCUCCUGUCCAGAUCACUUGGUGUUGGGGUACGCUCCCCCGCAGGGAUUCUAAAUUCUCGACUCAAGUCAUUGCUUGAUGGCCUCCUAGAUCCGGCCGACCACCUAGAACUCACUCAGAAGAGCUUAGAGCAACAGGUUUAUGCAGUCAUUGAUUCUGCCAAUGAUUUAAGUCUUCCAUUCUGCCAGUUAGAGAUUCGACAAUUCUCCGCUAUGUGCGACUCAUCUGCCGAGGAGAUUUCCAAUGCAUUUCUCGAAGCCAUUAAAGCGGCAGUAGAGAAGAACGAAUCACCGUGGUCGGACCUAGUUGCUGGACUUGACACAGACCUGACCUGCAAGAUUCGUGAGCACGCAGAACGAAAAAUUCUCAAUGCCUCUACUUUCCUCAGCAGCCCCACCAUGCUUGAGCCUCAGAAUUUCAGCAGUGACAAUGAAGCUUUAGUUCAAAAGUUCUUAACAGUCAUAGAUUUAACAGCUUCGGGGGUUUCGGGGGAUGGACAGUCUUCUUUUUUCGCCUCUGUCGCUGAAAGACUAAAGGGGAUGUCUGAAAUACUGGGUAUGCCGAAUGAUUAUAGUGAUGCUGUAAUGAAGAAUGUCUCGCCUGUGGUAUCUCAACUUUCUCCAUGGCUACACGCACUACUGCGUCUCAUAGUUGUACAAGAUUCGAUGCUAUCAAGCAAGGCGGGGAGCCAACAUCAAGCCGCUCUACUAUUGAGCCUUCGUUCUCUCUUCACUCACCCAGCCCUCCGGAACUAUGCUUCCAUGUCCGAAUACAUCUUCGAUGUCGCCGCGGUUCUUUCGGAUGAAGUUUCGGAUGAAGUCCGGGCUCAUCUAUACAAGCUCGAGACUGCGAAGCCCAUGGAAGACCCUCGUUGUGCUUUUAUCUUCGGCUCGGCGCCCCCUCUGGACGGCUGGCUUGCGCUCACAAAACCAGUCACUCCUUCUCUCACUCCACAGACCUCGUCCUCACAACAAUCGCAACCAUCACAGGCAGGCUACGGGCAGUCUCCUCAUCAUCAAACUCAACAACAUCAAUCGCCAAGUCCCUCCCCCAUUCAGCGUUCAAUGAGCCAACAGCAGCAGCAGCAGCAGCAAAUGCAGGCCCAGGCUCAGGCUCGCAUGUAUCCCCAAUACUCACAACACUCCCAACACAACAAACUACCCCCACAAUUCCAACGCAUAGGCUCUAAUAUCGGGCAAAAUCCCACCCAGAGCCAAUUACAGCAGAUGCAGCAGAUGCAGCAGAUGCAAGGACUAGCACAGCAGCGCGCUACACAACCUUCGCCCGUUCAACUCCAACGACAAGCUUCCUCAACUUCUCAAUCUCAGCCACAGGCACAGAGUGCCGUCGGUUUGGCGGGCAAGCAGGGCCUAGCGAAACAAGAAAAACCGGAGAUGAGGCAGUUGCCGUUUGUGCUAAGAAGAUGGGAGGUUUUGCCCGAGAGUGGGGGCAAUCCGGCAGGGAAUGAGACAGCGAUUAGUUUGAGUUUGUUUGGGGCGAGGAAGGUAUAGGAAGGAACGAACAAUCUAUCUACGGCAUCAUACGUACCCACGAUUUCUCGACAUUCUUUAUACUACUAUUUCCGGGACAGAGUUACUUGGAUAUUGGAUAUGUGUCUUUGGAUUUAUUUAUUUCAAGCGUUCCAGCGGCGGCGUUAUGUUUUGAUUCUUAAGGUUUGGUCCGGUGUAUGAUUGGACUGGCCUUUGCAUGCAUCUAUAGUUUCUUGGUGUCGAUCGAUCACGAUCCAGAUGGGCGAUCUCAUCAGAUGGACGAGGAUGUGGCGUUUCUGG